AUGGCAGGAGAUAAAAAGACAAUCCAUCCGGCGUUUGCUAUCAACAACAUCAAAACCCUAAUCCCUAUUAUCCUAGACAUCAAACAGGAUGAAUACUCAUCUUGGGUUUUUCUGUUUGAACUCCAUCUUCAAGCUCAUCGCCUUCUUUUUCUCAUCAAUGAAGACAAACCCCCUGCAGAUGUUGACGCCGACACCGUGCUCCAACUCGACGCUCUCUGUCGACAGUGGAUGUUCUCCACCAUGGCCAAGGAUUUAAUGCUUACCGUCCUCAAAUCUGGCAAAACUGCUAAAGAGCUUUGGGAUCAUCUUAAGAAACUCUUUCAAGACAACAAAGGUAACCGCGCUGCGACUCUUGAACGUAAGUUUGUCAAUCUUAAGUUUAUUGAUUGCAAUAGUAUUGAUGAUUACUGCGAUAAGCUAAAAUCCCUGUCCGAUCGAUUACUUGAUCUUGACUUUCCCAUGGAUGACAAACGCCUUGUGAUCUAA